AUGGGCACCCGCGGUCUGAUCGGCUACAUUCUUCGCAAUAAACAACGCAAGGCGGCGUACAACCAUUGGGACUCAUAUCCCCAAGGCCAAGGCCAUUGGAUCGCCCAAUUCAUCGCUGGCCUAUCUCCCGAGCAGUGUGAGGAGAUGGCUAAUCGGAUAAGGAGAUUGAGGCAAGCUACGCAGUGGGUUGAAUCCGAAGACGAAGGGGCGCCUGUCCCCGAGGAUGUCAAAAAGCGCUACCUGGCCGACGGCGGUAUCUGGCAACACAAUUUCCCUCACGGCGGCCCUCAGAACUGGUUCGACGAAUUUGACUUUAAGGGUCUCUCAGAAGACGAAAAGCAAAGUCUGAUUGAGAAGAAGAAAAGAAAGGCGGCAGAGCUGUUGAUGAACGACGACUUCGAUGAUCCCCUGGAAGACUUAGAUUGGGAUGCUGUUCUAAAGGGGGUACAGGGAGCGAAAGCACUUCAACUCAUUCAACAGGGGAGGCUUAGCCACCUGGUCGACUACACUGGUUUCUUGCAAGGCUUUGACUGUGAAUGGGCAUACUUUAUCGACUUCAACAACCAGAAAAUGGAGAUUUGGGCUGGUGACUACUUCAUAGGCGAGGUGACCUUCAGUACGCUACGAGACGACAAGAAUUAUAUGAAGAAGAGAAACUGGUCUGAUGACGAGGAUGAAGACUAUUAA